AUGGGUAGAUUAUUAGGUUUAGAAUUGUACAAUUUCAAAUCGUACAAGGGUUCUGUGAAACUUGGCUUUGGGGAAUCAAAUUUUACGAGUAUCAUUGGACCAAAUGGGUCCGGUAAGUCGAAUAUGAUGGACGCGAUCUCAUUCGUUCUUGGUGUCAGAAGUAGCCAUUUGAGGUCAAGCAUAUUGAGGGAUUUGAUCUAUAGAGGUGUCAUUACGGGUGAAGACAGUGAAUCUGAUGAAGAUGGCAGUGUAAAUAAUCCCAGUACAGCUUACGUUAAAGCAUUUUAUGAGAAGGAAAAUAAGACGAUCGAAUUGAUGAGAACCAUUUCAAGAAAUGGAGAUACCAAUUACAAAAUAGGUGGCAAAGUAGUAUCAUAUAAAGAUUAUUCAUCGUUUUUGGAAUCUGAGAAUAUCUUAAUUAAAGCUAAAAAUUUCUUAGUGUUCCAAGGUGACGUUGAACAAAUUGCGUCACAAUCUCCGAUGGAUUUAUCCAGAUUAUUCGAAGAGGUAUCCGGUUCUAUCCAAUAUAAAAAGGAAUAUGACCAAUUGAAGGAAAAAAUGGAGCAAUUAAGUAAAGCUGCUACAGAAUCAAUUAAAAAUAGAAGAAGAAUCCAUGGUGAAUUGAAGACAUACAAAGAAGGUAUUAAUAAAGAUGAGGAAUACAAAUCAAAAGUCGCUAAAAAGAAAGAAUUGCAAACCAUUCUUGUUCUUUGGCAAUUAUAUCAUCUAGAACAGAAAAAAAUCAAUAUAAUGAAAAACAUGGCUGAUACAAAGUCAAAAAUGUCUGUUUUGAAAGAUAAAAUUCAUAAUGAGGAACGUAAUUUACAAAGAGCAAAGACAUCUAUUGCUAAAGAAAUGUCGAUCAUUACAAAGAAAAAGGAUAAAAUAGAUUAUAAACUCAAAGAAAAGGAAAAAAUUGCUUCAGACCUCAAAUUAAUAAAAUUACCACAACUAUCAACGAUAAAGCGGAUUGGCAAUAUUGAAAAAAGAAUUGAAUCCUUUGAAAAAGACAUUGAGAGACAAAGUAGCUUUGUUGAAAGAUUCACCAAUCAACUGAAGGUUGUUACAAAGACAAAAGAAGCCUUUGAGAGAGAGCUAAAAGAAACUUCUAUGAAUUUUGAUAAAUACCGCUUGAAUGAUGAAGAAAAGGAAAAUUAUCAGUCAUUGAAUGAAAAGUAUUUGACCUCUGGUGGAUCGUCGAUUGAGGAAAAAAUUAUGAUCAACGAGAAUGAUAAACAAGAGGUAGGUGAAGAAUUGAAUCGUUUUGAAAAACUGAUAGACAUUUCAAAACAAAGAAUCAAUGACGUAUUAAUGGUUGAACUUGAGAAUAAUCAGUUACGAGCCUCUGAAUUGACAACAUUAUUAAAUGAAAAAAACUCAAUUCAUGCAGAAAGGUUGAAAGAAUUAAAGGGACUUCAAUCAGAUAUUGAGUCAGCAAGUAAUCAAGAAUAUGACUUGAACUAUAAACUAAGGGAAACUCUGGUUCAAAUCGACGAUCUAAGUGCAAACCAAAGAGAGUCCAUGAAAGAAAGAAAACUGAGAGAAAAUGUUGCAAUGUUAAAGAGACUUUUCCCAGGUGUCAAAGGUCUUGUAUACGAUUUAUGCCACCCUAAGAAGGAUAAAUAUUCUCUAGCUGUCUCAACAUGUUUGGGAAGAAAUUUUGAUUCUGUCAUUGUAGAUAACGCCUCUGUAGCUCAAGAAUGUAUUGCAUACUUGAAGAAACAGCGUGCAGGAUCUGCUUCUUUUAUUCCCUUGGAGACUAUUGAUUCCGAGAUACCUACAUUGUCAGUAUCUAACUCACAAGGAUGUAUACUAGCUAUAAAUGCCAUUGAAUAUGAUCCUCGAUAUGAAAGGGCAAUGCAAUACGUCUGCUCUGAUACCAUUAUUUGUGAUACAUUGGUAAUAGCUAAAAGGUUAAAAUGGGUUGAAGGGGUUAAAGCCAAGCUGGUUACGCUAGAAGGCGCUCUUAUUCACAAAGCGGGUCUGAUGACAGGUGGUGUGUCAAAAGAUAGCAAUAACAGGUGGGACAAGGAAGAAUACCAAAGCCUAAUGAAUUUGAAAGACAAGUUGAUCCAUCAGAUUGAGGAAGUCUCUCAACAAGGACGUGCAUCUUCGAUGAAAGCGAGGGAUUUAGAGAAUAAUUUAUCAGUCCUAAACACGGAAAUUUCAAAUGUAAGAAUUCAAUUGACUCAGAUUACUAGGUUAAUAGAUGAAAAUAAAAUCGAAUUAGGUUAUCAAAAUCGGCUGAUAAAUGAAGAAUACUCUCCAAAAAUGUCGGAACUAAAUAAAAAAAAGAAUAAUCUAGAGAUCUCAAUAAGUAACUUGCAAACUGAUAAAGAGAAACUUCAGGAUAUAAUUUUCGCUGAGUUUACAGAAAGAGUAGGUUUUACAGUGAAAGAAUAUGAGAGUCAUUCAGGGGAAAUCAUGAGGAAACAAGGGAAAGAUUUGCAGCGACUACAGAAUGAAAUUCUAAACGUUGAAAAUAAGCUACAAUUUGAACAAGAAAGGCUCUUUACAACUAAGAAAAGAAGUCAGAAAGCCAAAUCUGAUCUAGAGAAAGCUAAUAUCGAAUUAAAAGACCUAGAAACAGAGGAGAAAAGUCUUCAAGAAAGAAUAAAAAUUAUUGAAGUUGAAGUCGGAUCUCAAAGUGAGGAAUUAGAUGAAUUACAAAACAUAUUCAAUGCCAAGCAGCGUGAUUUAAAUACGACCGAUGAAAACUUGAACGAAUUACAAAUGAAUAUGCAACUAUGUAAGCGUCAAAAGAAUGAAUUUACAGAGGAUGUUGAGAAAUUGGAUUUGGAGAGGAUCAGUAUUUUGAAAAACUGUAAAAUAUCCAACGUUUCAAUCCCACUACUUUCAAGUACAGGUCUAGCAGAUUUACCUCUCACUUCCUUGGAUGAUGAAGCUAAAAAUAUUUUCAAUUCAAUAGAUAUCGAAUAUGAAAAGCUCCCAGCUAAAUUCAAAGAAAGUGGAGCAUUUUCACUCAAGCAACAAUUGGAUACUGAGAUGAAAGAAGUUGAAGAGGCGCUUAAUGUCUUGCAACCAAAUGCUAGGGCUGUUGAAAGAUUUGAUGAUGCGCAAGAGAGAUUCGAAGUAGUUGAUACUGAAACUGAAACACUAAAGACAGAAGAAAGAAAAAUAUUGGCACAAUUUUUAAAAAUAAAGAAGAGAAGAAGAGAAUUAUUUGAAAAAGCCUUCGAGCAUGUCACAAACCAUUUAGAUUCCAUAUAUAGAGAGCUGACACGAGAUCCUCAUUCAUCAGCGGAAUUGUCUGGAGGGAAUGCAUCUCUUACUUUAGAAGAUGAAGAUGAGCCCUUUAAUGCUGGUAUAAGAUAUCACGCUACACCGCCACUGAAGAGAUUUAAAGAUAUGGAAUAUUUAUCUGGAGGUGAAAAAACGAUGGCAGCACUCGCUCUGUUAUUCGCUAUUAAUUCCUUUCAACCAAGCCCAUUUUUUGUUUUAGACGAAGUUGAUGCAGCAUUAGAUGUAAGAAAUGUUGAACGGAUAGCGGCAUAUAUUAGAAGACACGGUAAUCCAAACCUACAAUUUAUUGUCAUUUCAUUGAAAAACACAAUGUUCGAGAAAUCUGAUGCAUUGGUGGGGGUAUAUAGACAGCAACAAGAGAACUCAUCGAAAAUUGUCACGUUAAAUUUACAGAACUACUCGGAUUAA